UCCAUCGCCGACGAGUCUUUGCGAUCAGUCGAGAAAAUAGUGUGAUCAAGGCUGACCAAGGCUGAUCGAGGAUGCCAGUGAACGUGUCGAUCGCCUCAUCGUUAUUAUUAUUGGUGUUGGUUUCGAUCCUGUCACCGACACAUGGAAUGGACAUCGGACAGCCAUGCACGGUCGACAAUUCAUCAGGUGAAUGCAAGCUUUUACAAAAAUGUUCAAAAGUAUAUGAAGAAUUGUUAGCAGGCAAAAUGCCUAGUAAAACCUGCGGAUUUUUAAAUUUCGAGCCAAUAGUAUGUUGCCCAAAAAUAAAUACGAUCACUCAACCAACUACAACGCCGGCACCGCAACAGGAGAGUACAGUAGGAACAGAUACAGUACGACCUUUGAAAUUAGAUGGAUCAAGGGGAUCUGUAGCACGAGCAAAAUGCGCGGAAAACGCGGAGGCUGUUUUCGGUUUUGAAAUACCACCCACACUUACAUUUGACCGAAAACCUGUCAACAAGUCACUAUGCGCCCUGUCAACACGCAAACUGAUCGUCGGUGGCAAGAAAGCCGAAGCGAAAGAAUUUCCGCAUAUGGCAGCCGUUGGUUUCGACGGUCGUGAUAGAAUCUUAUGGGUUUGCGGCGGUACCUUAAUUUCCAAGAAAAUUGUUUUGACAGCAGCGCACUGUACUUGGACAGCAGACUGGGGAAGCGCAAAAUGGGUGCGGCUCGGCGAUCUGAAUCUCGCACAGUCGAAUGAUAACGCGAAGCCGCAGACCAUCGCAAUAGAGAAAAGGAUAAGACAUCCCGACUACAAACGUCCGUCGGAAUAUCACGAUAUAGCUAUACUGAGUCUAGCGCAAGAUGCUGUCUACGAUGCAUAUGUCAGACCGGCAUGUCUUCCAGUUGAUUGGCCUGAUGUGGGUGAAAAUAACAAGGCAGUCGCCACAGGAUGGGGUCUAGUCGAUUGGGCUGAUGACCAAGGUUCGGACAAUCUAUUGAAGGUAACACUCAGUUUGGUCCCUCAUGACACUUGCAACGCGAGUUUCUUUGACGGCAGCAGUUCCGUGGAGCUCGCAUUAGGGAUCGUCAACGAAUGGCAAAUAUGUGCGGGAGAAAUCGGGAAAGAUACUUGCCAGGGUGACAGCGGAGGACCACUCGCUGUUUUUAACACGGACCACAAAUGCAUGUAUACCGUAAUUGGGGUUACCAGUCUCGGACGACUUUGCGGCAGCAUUAUACCUGGCGUAUACACCCGAAUCUAUCAUUACGUUCCCUGGAUAGAGAGAACCGCAUGGCCGGAAUAUUUUAAUUAACACAUAUCAUUACACCUUUAAUUUAAAUGUAUCCAUUAUUUUAGUAUUAAGUACAUUUUGCUGGACUUAGGCCCGUUUCUACCAACAUAGAUUAACUUUA